AUGGCGGCUAAUGAAGAUUACCAGUCUCUGGUCCGUGGUGUUGAUUCUCUGAGUUUCACUGGGGAGGCGGUUCCGUGCAAGCUGCUGCUGACAGGGGACUCUGCAUUCCCUGUGCUGGUGUCUCCCAGAAAAGAUGUUCUCAUCGCUGCUUCUCGCUAUGGAAAUGGGAAAGUAGUGGUUUUGGCCCAUGAGGAUUAUCUCAACAGGGAAACCUUUAUGGUCUUUUUGAAAAAUGCUGUAUCUUGGCUGAGUCCAAAUUCAAACGCCAACAUUGGAGUGCAUAAUAAAUUGCACCUAUUAGCAAAAAAUCUCUCUGCCUCCGGGUACAAAGUCCAAAAAACUUCCACCCUGAUUCAGGGCCUGGGCGUCUUCUGUACUAACGGAUAUGAUGGCCACCAAGCUGAGGAGAUCAUCUCAUUUGUACGAGAGGGAGGAGGCCUGCUGAUUGGGGCUCAGGCUUGGCACUGGUCCUACAGCCAUAAAGAGAAUGUUCUGCACCAUUUUCCAGGGAACAAAAUCGUAUGUGUUUGUGGGGUGCACUUCACCAGUGACUACGGAGAGAAAGGAGAUUUCUCUGUUACUAAAAAUAUGCCGCAUGUUCCACUUUACACAGAUUAUGACUUCUCAGUCGAUCAGAGAUUCCUUCUGAAUGGGGUUUCUCAACUGGACAUCAGAGGGUUGGCAAUCUCUUCAGAUCUUCUCUUGCAUGGAGCGUUGUCCUUUCCAGUUGGGUUGAGUGAAAACAAACAAUGUUUUGUUGGCGCAACAUAUUACGGCAAAGGGCGGGUGGUUGUGGUCACACAUGAAGUUUACCUCUCCCUACCAGAACUAAAAACUUUAAUGCUUAAUGCCAUCUCUUGGCUAGACAUAGGCCACAAGAGAAGAAUUGGGGUUCAUUCUGACCUGAAAGACUUUUCUGAGGUUUUGCAGAAGGAAAACAUCCCCUGUCUGGUAUCAAACUUAGUCCCCAAUCUAAGUGUCUACUGCUGCAACUCCUACAGCGAUGCUGAAGCAAAGUCAAUCCAUCAAUUUGUUGCAGAGGGGGGAGGACUUCUUAUUGCUGGCCAUGCCUGGUGGUGGUCCUAUCAGAAUCCGACCUGCAAUGUUCUCACUCACUACCCUGGAAACAAAAUACUGAACAAGUUUGGUAUUAGCAUUCUGUGUAGAACCAUUCCUCAGGGCAUCUAUAAGGCAAUCAGUCCCAAUGAAACCAGUGAACAGUAUCACUUCCACAGAGCACUGCGUCGUUUGCCAACUGAGCUCAAAAGUGGUGCAGAACUGCAGCCUGCCUUUAGCUCCUGGAUUGCCAAUCUCAUGCGAGAUGUCUCUGCUUUUGUGAGGCUCCCAGCCUGUCCCAUCACCAGCUCCAUUCAGAGUCAGCUUCUAAAGAUGAUUAAUGCUUAUAUACCCAAUGUCAGUGAGAAGUCGCCCAUAAGAAGCAACUCCAAAGAAGCAUUACUCCUACAUGUGGCACAUGAAUCCUAUAAUGUGAGCCAUUCGUGUGAUGAAUCAAAUAUUCUGGAGAAGGAACCUUCAAUCGAUGUUAAUAUCAAUGCCUCAAAUCCAGGUGAAGACGCCUGGAGAAGCACUGGCCUUUACUUGGCUCCCAGAAAGACAGCAGUUCUCAAGUUCCCUGCCUCAGCCGUGCACCAAGGUUUCCAGGUGCAGAUUGGCUGCCAGGCGGAUGAUUUGAGCUCUAAAGAUGAGCUUAGUCGCGCUCCAGUCGUUAUUCGCAGAAGUCAUGUUGAUAGGCAAAAGGUUUUUGUAUCCAGUUUUUGGGGAGGUCUCCUGUACAUCAUUGUGAAGGCUAACAGCAACUUUGGGACAGUCCCAGUCAAGGUGUAUGGAGCAGAACCAGCCCCAAUCUAUAUAAAAGGUGAAACCAGCCUUGAUUCCUGGUUACAUUCAAUUCACAAGUUGCCUGCUCCUUGGGCUGAGCUGGUUACAGAGAAUGUUAUCCUGACUGUACCCUCAGAUUCUAUUCGAUCACUAAAGGAUCCAGAAGCUCUGCUGUCUCUUUGGGACAGAAUAAUGGUGGCUAUUACUGAGCUUUCAAGCAAACCAACAAAAUUUCCCCGGCCUGAGCGUUUUGUUGUAGAUGUGCAGAUCUCUGCUGGUUCGCUGCACUCUGGAUACCCCAUCAUGUGCCAAAUGGAAUAUGUUAAAGAUCUGACUGAUCUACACCAUAUCCAUAAAAAGGGAAUCUGGGGGCCAAUCCAUGAACUUGGACACAAUCGCCAGAAAAAAGAGUGGGAGCUCCGACCUCACACCACGGAAGCCACGUGUAACCUUUGGUCUGUGUUUGUGCAUGAAACAGUUCUUGGGAUCCCACGGGAUCAAGCUCACCCUGAGCUUCAGCCAAACAGCAGGAGAUCUCGCAUCAAAAGUUAUUUGCAGAGUGGAGCCAACUUAGAGCAGUGGGGGGUAUGGACAGCAUUGGAGACCUACCUACAGCUACAAGAAGGCUUUGGCUGGGAACCAUUCAAGCGCCUAUUCAGAGAGUACCAGAGCAUGUCAGGCAUCAGGGAUGAAAACAAAUUUAAGAUGAACCUGUGGGCGGAGAAGUUCUCUCAGGCUGUGAAAACCAAUCUGGUCCCAUUCUUUGAGGCCUGGGGAUGGCCCAUUGACCAAUCAACUCGCAGUAAAUUAUCUGCAUUAUCUGUAUGGGAGAAGGAUCCCAUGAGGCAUUAUCUUACUGAUAAGAAAUCAAACUAAUCUACUACAUAAUCAGUGUUUUUCUGUUCAUAUUCUCUGCCUUAUACUUUUAUAUGAAAAACUAUUAUAUGCUUUUAUAUAGUGUGGCACAGUGUCUGGGAAAACACUAGAAGAAAGGUAUAUUUCUAACAGAAUGCUCUAUGGGACCCUGCAUAUGAGGAAAAUAAUAGACACUGGGGAAUCAGCAGGUAAUAUAUUGAAUGCAGGUGUGCUGUGGAGGCAGGAGGUCUGUGUCUGUGAGGUACAUGCUAAGUAAGGUGUGGGAAAACCAAGGUGGUUGUAAACAAACAUAUGGACCAACUACACUAAGUGGGGAUAAAUCUUUGCUGGAGAGAGCAAGACCUGUGCAGCCAGUUCAUCAAUGUAUCAGGUUGUUCUGGCUAACAAACAAGAAGAAUAAAUUAUUUACUUUUGUUACACACUUAAACUUUACUUCUAUCUUAAAUAAAACAAAAAGAUGUCUGCUUAAUGUUACCUGGAUGUAUUUGUACUUUGAAAAGUUAUUGCCAAGGCUACCAUAUAAGUGUAUAGGUAUUGUAUGUUUAAUGUACCACGUGAGGCAUCUCUAAGCUAGAGUUUUCCAGACUUUUGUAGAAGUGAACUCGGCCACCAAAUUUAAAGACAAGUUGGCUGGGGGAAGUUAUUUUGUGAAAGUUUUUUCUCCCAUAUAGGCACACAAGGGCUGCCCACAUAAAGCUUCCAUCCCAGGCACUGGUCCUCUGGUAUCUAUAUGGUAAAUAGAGCCCUGAUGCUAAAGAGGUAUUUGGAAUGUGGUUGAUUGGAACUUAUUUACCAAAAGAUUCCUCAAAUUGUCUCUUGGGCAGUAACCUAUGGCAACCAAUACAUGCCAUCAUAGUUCUAUCUGCAGCUGUCUAAGAAACAGCUAAUGAUUGGUCCCUAUGGGUUACUGUCCAGGGGCAUAUUUGCUUAGUGUACAUAAAUGAGCCCCACUGAGAGAGGAUUCUUAGGGGC